ACGUCGGCGCCGCUCUCCCGCCUCCCUCCCCUCCCCCUCGGUAUCGCUGCCGAGAAGCAAAGCACGUACAUCACAUCCGCGUCAUCCCAUAUAUGCAUAUACUGCUGCUCAUCGCUGCUUGGCUAAACUCUAUUCGAACGAACCUUGGCUAUCUCUCUUUAUUCCUGUUUCUGUUUUCCGUCUGUCCCUAUGCUCAUUUCUUUUUUUUUUUUUUUUUUUUUUUUUCUCCGUCGUUAGUUUACCUGUCAGUCAGCAGUCAGCUAGUCAAGUCGAGUCGAGUCGAGUCACCUGUGCCGUAUUCCCACCUUCAUGGAACUACCCGCCCCUCGUCCCAAUUAGCAUCGUAUCUGGCGCCCAAUGGCUUAGUCUUGCUGCAAUGGUGUAUGUAUGUAGGAUAUAUUUAUUUGCAGAUGAGGGUUCGGGGCCCGGGUACGUAGGCCACAUGGCACGGCCUUCGCCGCUUUGCAGCAGAUGGUCUGUAGGCGGAUGGGCUCUUGUUGGUAUGUCGGUAGGUAGGUAGGUGGCACUGCGGCCGGC